CAGGCGCCCCCUCGCUCCCCCUCAGCCAUGGAGGGGCCGGCAGAGGAGCGCGGGGUCCCGGUGCCGCCGCCGGCAGGCGCGGGGUCGCUGCUGGCGCUGCCGCCAGAGCUGCUGCUGCGAAUCUGCGGGUACCUCGGGGCGCGGGAGGUACGGGAGGUGCUGCCCCGCGUGUGCCGCGUGCUGCGGGCCCUGGCCCGGGACGUCGUUACCUGGCGGCUCCGCCUCCAGCGCAGCGCCCGUGGCCGUUUCCCCGUCCUGGAAGAAGAGGGGUUCGACUGGUCAGCUGCCUGUGUGGACAUGGAGGAGCAUCUGCAGCGCUGGGGGGGCAACGGGGCCCCCAUGGAGCACUUCUCCCUGGACGAGGGCCACUUUGCUUCUGUUGACACCGUCCUCCUGCUGCAGGGGGGGACUUUGUGUGUGUCGGGGGCCCGCGACCGCAACGUCAACGUGUGGGACCUGCAGCAGCUCGGCCGGGCCCCCGGCAGCGUGCUGGCAAAGACCCUCGGCACCGAGCGCACUGGGACGCACAAGGGCUGGGUCUGGUGCUUGGACUCCCAAGACAACAAAGUGUGCUCAGGCUCCUGGGACAGCACCGUGAAGCUGUGGGACUUGGAGGCUGAGGGGCAGCAGUUUGGGGAGAUCAGGGAGAAGGCUGCUGUGCUGUGCUUGUCCUAUCGCCCCAACGUCCUCAUCACUGGCACCUUCAACAGGACUGUGACCAUCUAUGACCUGCGAGCUGGGCAGCCCCCGGUGCACAGCUACAAGCCCCACACCAGUGCCGUCCUGGCCCUGGUGGCUGAUGAGCAGCUCAUCUUGUCGGGCAGCGAGGACCGGACGCUCGUUGUCUAUGAUCGACGGGCUGCCAGGGUCCUCCAGCGACUGCAGCUGAAGAGCUAUCUGGUCUCCAUGUCCUACCAGGGAGCAGAGCUCUGGGCUGGGGACAACCGUGGCCAGGUCUAUGUCUUUGGGAACAGCACCGGCAGCUUCCAGCCCACACAGUACUUCGAUGUAGGGCACCGGCUGCAGAUCACAGGGCUCUGGCACUCGCUGGGCUCCCUCUACACCACCUCUAUCGACAGGUCACUGCGGAUACACGUCCCUACGGACCCUCCCCGCACCAUCUGCUCCUGGACGCAAGAUGAAGUGCUCAAUGGGAUCAGCGUGGAGGGUGAUGUGGUGGCAGCCGCCUCGGGGGGCCUCUCGGUCGAGGUGUGGAGGCUCCGGACCUGAUGCUGCUGCUGCCGUCUCGCCUUAACACUGCACCCAACCAGGGUUCCAGGGACUCCCUGUAGGGCGCAGGGUCCCAUCUGAGCCCCCCCGACACGGAAGAGCCACGGGCCGGUCCCGGGGCCCUCGCUGGGGCUGGCAGCCUGGUGCUUGUUCCUGGGUAUUAAACGGAUUUUGGAGA